AUGUAUGGCCCCACUGCCGCAGGCGCCGGAUCGUCUGUGGGACUUCUGCACGCCAUGCAUAUGGAUCGCAGUGCACUGGUGGAUGGCGUGCCUGCAGACAUGGUGGCCAGCGCCACCCUCGCCUGUGCGUGGGACACCUGCUUUGUACUGACUGCACCGAAAUUUCUCCAGGGAAGCAUCAUAGAGGGAUGGCAACUACGUGACCAGUUCCUGGCUGAAGAGUUUACGGGGGCCCUGGAAUAUGACGCGGCAGCCGACACGCACCCGAUGACCACAGAAGAAAACACCACGGCCCCCUUCGAUGACAUCACUAACAACAAAGGAGGCUCCAUCUUGCGCAUGUUCAGCAAUUGGCUCGGUGAGGACGUGUUCUACGAAAGACUCAACGAGUAUCUUAUUUCUCACAACUACAGCAGCGCGCGGCCGGCGGACCUGUUCGAGGCGCUGGCGCCGGGCGAGCCGCAGCUGCAGGAGCGCAUGGCCUUCUGGACCUCCACCGCCGGCUACCCCGUCAUCAACGUCACCAAGGACGGCAGCCGGGUGCAGCUGAAGCAGUGGAAGUUCCAGCAGACGCCGUCCGGGGAUGGCGAGGCCGCAGCGCCGUGGCCCAUCUUCAUUACCUUCAACAACGGCUCCCAGCUGGGUAGCGACGACGUGAUGCAGAGCGUGUGGAUGCUCGACGACGAGAUGGACAUCACCGUAGGUCUGUCGGAGGGAGAACUGAUACUCCUCAACUACAACUGGACCGGUUUCUACCGCGUCAACUACGACAGGAUCGGCUGGCAGGUGGUGCAGGCCCAGCUGGUGUCCGACCACCUGGUGGUUCCCCGGGAGACGCGUGCCCAGCUGGUGAGCGACUCCUUCAACCUGGCGCGGUCCGGCCACCUGCCGUGGGGGCCGCCGCUCGACAUCUCCCGCUACCUGAGCGAGGAGCGGGACUACCUGCCCUGGGCUGUCGCCUUCCGCAACUUCGACUUCCUGGACACAGCCCUCGCGCCUUCCGAGUACUACUCCUCCUUCAAGGUGAGCCAGCAGCUGUUGGUGUAG